GCUUCCAGUUAUCAUCAGAUGUCGACAAUAUCGCUUUCGAAUAAGAGCCUUUCUUUGAUCGUUGAAGAGCGGCAAAUGAAACAUACCGAGUGACCCAAGUUGACGUGAAUGAGGCUCAUUGAAGAGGGGCACAUACCCAGAGUCGCAUACCCCGUGACACAACUUGUUCCGAGGGUUGGAUUCGAACCCAGUACCCUCAGCACAGCAGCCCCCGAUGUAACUGCCUGUUAGAUAAUUAGACCUUGGACCGCUCAGUGACACAGGUAGGUGUUAGGUUAGCCGAGGACAAACGGACGGACAGCAAACUGGGUGAAGUUCCCAAAGAAUGCUAAUAGAAUUAAGAAUUUAUAAAUAUGAAUGCAACCCUACAUCGUGCAGUACAUCCAGCAAGGCUCUCUAAUCGCAGACAUCGGGACUCCACCUGCUCAAAGAAGAAUGCCGGUGAUUUCGGAGGCCAAACCGCUUGAGCAAGAGCUUCCGGAUAUAGCGUGUGCCUGGGCAAGUCCACAAGAGAUGGUUUCACGGUAGUACUUUGCCGCCCCAGGCGAAAGUCACAUCCCUUCUGCUCUCUGGCAACAUAUUUAGGCAUAAUCACAUUGGAAAAAAAAAAAAACGUGAACGUCUAUUUGUGGCGCAUUAUAAUUAGUAAUUCUAAUGAAAAUAUUUAGCGAGUUGGUCUGCGUGCAAGUUCCGGGAACAAUCAGAUAUAAAAAGGGAGGGAAUAAAACUGCCCAGUUGAAAUACAUUUCGCAUCCAACAAAAUCCAAGUUUGUCGGUGGCCCGUUAAAAUUUAAACGUCGAUAGGCGCGACGUUGAGAGGUUCGGUGCGUUGAGAGGUGCGAUGCCACCCUUCUCGAAGUGUCGCCGCCGACUGUGUCGCCCGCACUUUUCUUUAUUUAGCCUCGCUCGUGUUAUUCUCACCGCGUUGCCAUUCAUUAAUUAAGCACAGAAGUGGCACCUUCACCGUCCUCGCAAUAGGGCUAGGGAUUUCGUGAGCCACUCCGGGGCAGACAAGCAGAACGGCAGCCCUGCAAAGAGCAAACGAGAAGAAAAUAAACAAAUAAAAUCCCACGCUGUCAACCAGUGCAGCGUGAAUCACCACCGCGAGGCGAUGUGCACCCUGUGUUUGCAGACGCCGAAGACGUUGUUCUCGUUAUCAAAAAUAUCGUGGGAAUGCGCUACGGCUACGGAGCUGCCCGAGUCGACCGAAAUCUGACGAACCAAUCAGCGUUUAGGUCGUGCGCGUGACAUGUGCACCGUGGGCAAAACCGUGACAACUCGCGCAAAAGCGAUAGGAAACGCCCUUCGAGAAUACACAACAUUCAACGCAGCGGGCCCGUUAAAAAGGCGGACGGCUCUCGCAUCCAUUUCUCUUCUGCAGUCCCCGAGAGCACAGCAGCCAUGAAAUCUCUGUGGAUUUUCACCUCUGUGUUCCUGGAGUACCUCGUGGCUACUGGUUCAUACGCAUAUCCGGACUUGUGGGUUCAAGCUCAGUGGACGGAGUUCAAGGCCUUAUAUGGCAAGAACUACAGCAGCGGGGAGGAAGAACUGUUCCGCAAGAAGAUCUUCCUCGAGAACCGCUACAUGAUCGCCAAGCACAACGAGCGAUAUGGCCGGGGCCUCAUUUCCUACAAGCUCAAGAUGAACCAGUUUGGAGACCUGCUGCAGCAUGAAUUCGAAGAGAUGAUGGGCUCAUGCGUACAACUCAGCGACGAGGCACUGGAACGCAUGAACGCGUCGACGUUCCUGCCCUCGGAGAACAUGGGCUCCUCGCUGCCCAAGUCGGUCGACUGGCGAAGCACCCUCGUCACUCCCGUAAAGGACCAGGGGCUGUGCGGCGCCUGCUGGGCCUUCAGUGCGGCGGCCGCCAUCGAGGGGCAGCACGCCCGCAAGACCGGCCGCCUGGUGGAGCUCAGCGCCCAGGACCUGCUGGACUGCUGUGGCGAGGCGUACGAAAACAGCGGCUGUGGCGGGGGACUCAUGGACAACGCCUUCCGCUGCGCGCGAGACCGGGGCGGCAUCGACACCGCGGACAGCUACCCUUACGCGGCGAUGGACGGCCCGUGCCGCUUCAAGAACAGCACAGUGGGCGCCUCUGUGUCCGGCCUGAUGGUGGUGGUGCCGCGUGAUGACGAAAAGAUUCUCCAGGUAGCUGUGGCCACGGUGGGACCCAUCUCGGCUGCCGUGUACUCCAAGCUGCCCGCCUUCCGGUUUUAUUCGAAAGGCGUGUACAAGGAUUACUCCUGUGGCUUGUUUGAAGUGGACCACGCAGUGCUAAUCGUCGGUUACGGAGUCACCGAUGAUGGGACAUCGUACUGGAUCCUUAAAAACAGCUGGAGCAAGAACUGGGGCGAGGGCGGCUACAUGCGGCUAGCCAAGGAUGCCUACAGCCAGUGUGGAAUCGCCAGCUUGGCCAGCUUUCCGCUUGUCUAAUCCGAAACCUCAUCCAGAACGGGAGACAAAGGUCCACUUCAUGCCCUUGUUGCAAAUGAACGAAACGAAGACGGAGAAUGCCGCAGUUUCUUGGUCACCUCCAGGGGAGUGCAUGUAAAACAGUUCAAUGGAAGAGAGAGAUAGAAAGUGAGGGAGAUGCCCACCGCAAUGGCUACAAUACGAUUAAGAAGGACCAUUUCGUAUGUCAUUAGCGCUGCUAUUAAUUUGCUUUUCAACAUGCUGUAAAUAUGCCCUCUGGGUCUGUUCCACAGUCGUGGCGUCUUCUUGACAUUGCUUAGACAUGUGUCACGCUUAGAUAUGUGUGACACCGAAACGUGCACCUACUGAUUUUCUCACGACCGCGCAUACGGGAUGACAUUUCCUUCUCAAGAUAGCAAGGUGAUCAGAUGACUUCGAGUGACGAAUUAAGUUGGUAUCGUAAAAAAAAUACAAAUAAGCGAGAUAUUCCAUGUGGAGAACCUCUUCAACCAUCGUACUGCUCGCAAUUAAAGUCACACUUUUGAACAUUUUAUUUCACCGACUGCUCGGGAAAUCCAGUUGACCUUUUAAAAUGUGUUCAAUAAAAGAUCAUUAGAAACA